GGGCAGCAGAGGGCUCAGCCCGAGAGCGGCCGACCCUGGAAGGCAGGCUUGUACCGACGGGAGGAAAAGAGUUGCCGGCACCACCUUAUCUCUGGAGAUUUCUUCCGUUGCCGAGAUGCAAAGUAUUUUGCGCGCAGUUACCAAUGCUUUCUCAUUAUUGCGUUUGGGUAGAAGGCAGGGAGUCGAGGCUGCGAGGAUGCGGCAUUGUUACAGCAAGGAAGAGCGCGGAGAACUUCACAGUCCCAGCUACCUCCUGUACCUGAAGAACUCUGAUGGUAAAUACAUUUCGCCUUUUCAUGAUAUUCCACUACAUGAUGUUUUUAACAAGGCCCUCUUUAAUAUGGUUGUGGAAGUACCACGUUGGACAAAUGCCAAAAUGGAGAUUGCUACAAAAUUGCCUCUGAACCCGAUCAAACAGGAUAUAAAAAAAGGAAAAGUACGUUAUGUAGCCAAUAUCUUUCCUCACAAGGGCUAUAUCUGGAACUAUGGAGCAUUACCACAGACUUGGGAAGAUCCCUGUUACAAAGAUCCCAGUACAAAUUUUUGUGGAGAUAAUGAUCCACUUGAUGUCUGUGACAUUGGGUCAAAGGUAUGUUCUUGCGGUGAUGUUAUUCAGAUAAAAGUGCUGGGAGCUUUAGCUCUUAUUGAUGAAGGAGAAAUGGACUGGAAAAUCAUUGCUAUCAACAAGGAGGACCCAGAUGCACAGAUGAUUAAUGAUAUCGAUGAUGUCAGGAGAUACAAGCCUGGCUACUUGGAGGCCACAGUUAAUUGGUUUAAAUUGUACAAGGUUCCUGAUGGAAAACUAGAAAACAAGUUGGGUUUCAAUGGAGAAUUCAAAGACCGGGAUUUUGCACUUGGAGUCAUUGAAUCUACACAUCAAUCUUGGUGCUCCAUAAUCUACAACAAGACGGAUGGAAGUGAUAUUAUAUGCAAAAACGUAUCAAUCAGUGACAGUCCCUUCUAUUGUAGUCACGAAGAAGCAGAAUCACUUGUGCAUUCAGCACCGAAAUAUGUUGAACGAAACCCCAUCCCAGAUGAAGUGGACAACUGGCACUUCCUCGACAAGUAAACAUUGACCAUAUUACCAUAUGAAAGAACAUAAACUGUUUUUCUUUUGCAAAUAAUUUGAAGUAUUUGGAAGCAGAAAUUCCUGAAAUCAACAAUGAAGAUUAUAGACAUAAAUGGCCUCAACAGUCAGCCAUUAUUUUGUAUUUGAUGAACAAAUCUUGCUCAUGUCAGCUUCUAAGAGAUGUAUUGACCAGCUCAUAUUUGUCAAAAAUAGAUUUAUCUUUUUAAUCUUUCAGUGUUAUAAUUAUUUUUGUUACUGGUUUAUGCAAUGUAUUGUUACAUUUUGCAAAUAAAAAAAUGCACCCUGAUUCACUUUCCAUUGUCCUUGUCAAAAGCUGCAUUUAGAAUAGCUUUUGUCUCUAGGUAGUAGUCAUUUAUAAGUUCUAACUAAUGCUGUAUAUCGGCGCCCUCAGGAAACUGCUUUUCAAUGAUUUUAUGCCCGUUAUCAGAAAACUUCAAAAAUUGAUGUGUAUGCAGUUUGUUUCAUGCCCAUUCUAAAAUCAAUACCUAAGAAUUAUGGACAGUCUUUUCCAUUUUGCCUCACAGUUGCCAGCGAUUUAACCAUGGAAGAGAACCUCUCUUCCUAGAUUGCUAAUCUGUUCCUAGUCCUGAUGUUAAAAAUAAUCACAUUACAUCAAAAGGUCUGAGGUAACAUUCACUUUGUGCAGAAGUGUAUGAUAGAAGCUAUCAGGUUAACUGCCUGCCACGUUUUUCUUCAAAUGUUCAUUUUCAUUGAAGUCAAUAUAAAUUAAAAUUUGGAGAGAUUCAUAAUGGCAAUUUGCCCAAUAUCCCUGAUUUAUACAUUACCCAUGAUACCUGAAAUAUUCUCGGGUGUCUAGGAACAGAAUAAGAAUGUAAAAUAAAGGUAUUAUUGUCAUGUUAUACUGUACCAUCAAUAAUUAUAUUUUAAUUUACUUUCUUCUGUGAAUAUCCUUGCUUUGGAAAUAAGUGUACAUUACUCAAAGUUUGUUUAAAUUUAAAUAUCUCUUAUUUAACAAGAGAAAUGCUUAGUAUACUGGAGUAUUUCUCAUUAAAUAAGAGCUAUAAAAGUUGUCACAUUUUGUACUCUACCAAAGAUCACACAAUAAAGGAUGUUUAUUUCUAUU